AUGGAGAGCGAUUUUUACGGUUUGCAAAAGGAUAUCUGGAAAUUUAUUAGGCGUCAAAGAUCAGACCUAAACGAAAUUAUCAAAGCAGAAGCGAUUGACGAUGACACAUGGAGUAAAUAUCUAAGCACACUAUAUUCCUCGAAUAUCGCAGAAGUGCCAACCGAUAACACCCGCAAUAUCCCAGAUAUAAGGUCAAUAGAAGUUACGAACAUUGACCAGGACGAUGUUACCAACGCCCUACGAAACCUAAAAAACCGCAAAUCAGCAGGGAGAGACCAAAUACCUAACGAGCUGCUAAAAUAUGGGGGAACUGCAUUGAUAGAAGAACUGACCAAGCUAUUCUCUAAGAUUCUUAAGAACCAGAAAAUUCCAGCCGAAUGGAAAGUGAGCAUCCUUAUUCUAAUGUUUAAGAAAGGCGCAAGAAAUGACCCCAACAACUAUCGCGGCAUUACUCUUCUGAGCACUACCCUCAAACUACUCACUAAAAUAAUCACCAAUAACUUACUAGCAAAAACGUCAAUAGCAGAAGAACAACAAGGCUUUCGAACUGAACCAACAAGGUGCAAACUAGAGUUGGAAGGCAAAGUCAUAGAACAGGUGUCACAGUUCACAUAUUUGGGAAUCCCCACCACUAGCUAUGGUGACUUGUAUCACGAAGUACUCCAACAAACAAUAAAAGCAAACAAAAUUGCUGGAUGCCUGAAAGGACCCAUACUACGGAACAAGCACAUAUCCAAACAAGUUCGCGGAAGAAUAUAUAAAGCAGUGAUAAGGCCAAUAAUGACAUACACCUCGGAAACACGAGCAGACACCUCAAAAAUCAAGAGCUUGAUGGAGACAUCGGAAAUGCGCACGCUAAGAACAAUAGAAGGUACAACUCUCAGGGACAGAAUACCAAGUAAGCAGAUUAGAGAGAGGUGCAAAGUAAAGGAAAUCAAUGAGUGGAUACAACACAGAAGGUCAGAAUGGAACAAUCACAUCAGUAGGAUGGAGACCACAAGAAUAGUCGAGUAG